AUGGCUAUUGCCGAUCAUACUCCGGCUAAACAGCAGAGGGAUGAAACCCUAACCCCCGUUGACGACAGUGUUCGUCAAGCUACGUCUAAACGCCAAAGGGACGAAACACUAACCCUAGAUGAGGAUUCCGUUGAUCUCAAGCGUCAGAAGCCCUACACCGACAUACUCUCUGUCCUCGACGAAGAAGAAGUUGAAACUUCGGAGGACUUGUCCUCUCUAAUCACAUCCCUGCAGCAAGAAAUCUCCUCUGAGCCUCUCAACACAUUCCACGGCUCCGAAACCCUAGCUGCUGAGUCGGCUCUCGAAGGCUAUGCCUCGUCCUCUGGCUCUUCCACUCCUACUUCUUCUAAUGCAUGCUUUUUGAAGGAGGAUGAGAGCGAGAGGGUUUUGCGACGUCUUUUAGAAGCUUCCGAUGACGAGCUCGGGAUUCCGCAGAGGGAGGCUGACGGGUUCGAUGACGAGGCGGGUAACGGGUUUAAAUUCAAUGGUCUGGAUGGGUUUACUUUUGGUGAUGGGUUGUGGGAGCUAGAGGACGAAGCUGCCAACUACUAUACCUUGAUGCAAUCUGAACUGUUCAUGUAG